AUGUCUUAUUUACCGCCAGGAUGGACCCUUGAGCGACUUCAAACAGCAACAGUCGAUGAUCUGCGGCAAAUACCAGAGGAAAGACUCCAUGAGAUUGACCAUAAUUUAAUUCCCGUCGAGAAUGUUCCAGUGCGAUUGGUCAUUGGCCGUGCAACUCAUAACGAACACCGACGAAAAGUUCGCGAGGAGCGCGGCCUGCCACCUGCUCCCGGCGUGUCGCUUCUUGAAAAGAACGACGAUCCAGUAGUGGAAGUAGUAGAAAGGGGAGGACUCCACGAUUUUGGAUUCAUCGUCUUUCGGACUAAUUACUUAGACGAUGAACGCUGGCAGCAAUGGGAUACAGAAUUCCAGCGCAUUAUUGACGCCUCAAUAGAGGACGCUAACGGGGGAAAGAAAAUUGAAUACAAAUGCCUCACUUUAAUCUACAAUGAUGAGGACAUGGCUGAUGCUACUCAUGAACAGAUUCAGCAGGCAUACUAUGGGUUCAAAGAGACUGAAGGUGUCCCCGCGAGAUUAGACACUGAUAUGUGCCUAAUUGUCGAUUCAACUGCCAUGGCAUCUAUAACAACAGACAAGCCGUGGGUAUACGCACUGGACUUGUCAUUCGAUCAUGAGAGUCCACCCGAAGAUGGAGAAUAUCCAGGCUACUUCCGAGUUGCCGUUGACUCGGUAAUCACGGAACUAUAUCCUAUGCUCACAGCAAUGACACCACUGGAGCUUUGGCCUCAAGAUAACAGUAUAUGGGAGUCGGCCUUUUAA